AGACGAGAGCGGCCCAGCCGAGCCUGAGAUUGCAUAACCCUAACCUAGAACAAGGGUCGUGACCCGCCGCCGCCCAUUGUUCCCCUUUCCAACUCCACCCACAAAUCCACAUCUUGUUCCUCAUCCAUCUCCAAUUGAUCUUGCCGGCGUCGUCAAGAUCCAUCCGAGAAAAUCCAAUCCGUUCCAAUCCAGACAAAGCUAGCUAGGAUGGAUCCAUACCAUGCUCCUAUGGCGGGGAUUUCGUUAGGUUCGCUGGCUCCGCCGGACGUCGACGCCGGCGCCGCCGCUGACCUCCCCCAGAGCUGCCUUCUUGACAGCAAGCCUUUCUUCGGCGAGAGGAUAAACGACACCACGGCCAUCUCCAGCACCACCGACCCGGACGAUGAACAGCGCCCCAUGGUCAUCCAGACCACCUUGUUCGUCGCCCGCCCGCCUCGCGUCUCCUACGUGCUUGCCUGGGCCACCGGCACCCGCUUCACCGAGGAGCCUCUCGUCCUCUCCACCCACGGCGGCUUCGUCCUUCUCUCCAUGGCCGUACGCUUCAAGAAAUGGCCGUUCUCCGAAUACUACAUCUACCAUACCGGCCGAGAUCACGGCGGUGAUGGCCGUCCGGAGCUCUAUCAGAUCCAGCAACCAACAGCAUGCGCUUGGUCAACGAAUGCUGUGCGGUGGGCCUCGUUUCUCAUGGCGGAGGCUACCACGUCGCUGCACUAGCCAUGGAGGAGAAUGGAGAGUUCCUGCUCUACAUCUUCAGCUCCGAGACGCGAGCCUGGACCAUCAAGAAACCAGUCUUGUCAAUGGCAGAUGGAGCCACUGACCUUGGCGACUACAUGCCGGGCAAGGCGAUCGCUGUCGGUGAUGGCGGUGUCAUGGCGUUCGUCAACUUGUGGAAUGGCAUCCUCUUCUGCAACGUCCUUGACAGUGGUGAACACGCUGAGCUGUGCUAUCUACGUCUGCCAUCUGCAGAGCUCUGCCGGUCAGACAUGAACUACCGGUUGCAACCUCGAGACAUCGCCUUCGACAUGUCCAGCGACACAAUUCGCAUCAGGUUCGUUGAGGUGGUUUGUCCCUCCUCUCCGGGUUGGCGCGCUUCCACCUGGACUAUGACCACUACGGCUACGAGUCCUUGGCGCCAACAGGAGAAGGGCUGGCAGCAGGGCUUCGUGCUCUAUGAUCAUGAACUCUUGGUGGCCGAUGGUGUCAGCACUGACGGGCUGCUGCCUGAGGUUUCGGAAUUGGCCGAGACGAAAUUUGCUAACCUCUUAGUGGAUAUGCCCAUGUUGAGCUUACACGAAAACAACAUCAUCUGUUUCUUGGCCAAACACCAUAUGGCGGACAGUGAAGUUUGGUCGAUUGCUGUCGACAUGGAGAUGAAGAAGCUGAAAGGAGUCAAUCUUCUUCAGGUCGGAAGAUGCACAAGACUAUUCUACAGCACCAUCUCCAGCCAUCUCAAUAUGACAGCUGCAGCUUCAGGUGAAAAGGAAUGCCCAAAGAGGCCAGGAACCCAGCUAGAGGCAUAUCCUCACAAGAAGCAGCAGCUAUCCAUGAUGUCAUCCGCGGUUGGUGAACAGGAGCACGACGCCAUGGGAGCUCCUGAUGGGGAUGAGGAUAAUGUGUGAAGCUAUGUCUGAUUAAGUUUAACAUCGAUGAAUAGCUAAGUUAAUCCGCAUUGUGUCUGUCAAAGCAUCAUAUUUUAGUAUCUAGGGUGAUGAUUGGUCAGGAAGAAGACUCUAUUAUUUGCUCUUAUUUGUACGCUAGCUGUAUUGCCUCGUUUCUGGAUAAAUCAUUUUGAUGUUGCUUUAGUCUGAACUCUUGAUGAUAUGGAUAGCAGUUCUUCGUA